UGUAGCUACAGCUGCAGAGAUGCGAGGGACAGAAAAACGUCGAGAAAGGAAACAGAGGGCAACACCGAAGCUGAACGUAAAGUAACCGCCGUCACAAAUCAUCUGAGAUGUUUCGAGAAACCGAGGAGCAGCAUCUUCGCAGCGCUUUCUCCCGCUGGAGAUAAAAAACCGAGAAGAGGAUCGCGCAUUGAUCCGAGAACAGGGGGACGGGAGGGGCCGAUCAUGGGGAACGAAGCGAGCCUUGAAGGAGGCGAGGGGCCGCCGUCUGGGCUACCCGAGGGGCUGGCACCUGACGGGAAGGGGGGCUUUUACCGGGUCUCAGACGGGACACCGGUCAACCUGAGUGAACUCAGCGAGGAGCAGAGGCGGCAGCUCUCCGCGGCGAUGUCAAGGGCGCAAGGCAGGCAGCCCGGAGGCGCGGCGGCUGGACGAAGACCAUCAGAAUCUGACGCACAGCAGCGUUCCCAGCAGGUAGGAGCCUCCAGGGGCCCAACAGGUCUUAGCAAAAGCCGAACUGUUGACGCCUUCAACCAGGGUCCACUCGGAAAGCCCACACCAGGCCGCAGCCCUUCGUCUCUCAGCCUUUUUGAAUCAAGAUUCCGGCAGGAGCCAAAAGACCCUGAGACCAAGUCAUCCGGCAUGUUUGGCUCCAGUUUUCUCAGCGGGGCCAACCCCCUCAGCGCUGUAUCUUCUAUGACUUCGUCUGUCUCCUCCUCCAUAUCCUCCAUGGGUGAUACCGUCAACAUGCCCAAAUUUGGACUGUUUGGGGAUGAAGAGGAGGAAGGCUUGCCUGCAGCUUCUGAGUCCAAGCAGGGAGGGAAGCCACAAGGGAAAGGCCCACAGCAAGGGCCAGGUCCGAAGGGACCACAGCAGGGAGGACCCCAGAAACAGAGUCAGGGCCCUCCUGGACAGGGAGCAAAGCCAGGACAAGGACCCCCUGGUCAAGGACCCAGACAAGUUCAGGGACCACCAGGCCAAGGGCCAAAAGCAGGCCAACGUCCUCCUGGCCAAGCACCACCAGGGCAUCAGGCCCCCAGACCAGGUCAGGGACCACCGGGUCAAGGAACCAAACAGGGAGCCCCUCUCCAACAAAAAGGUGGUCUGCCACCACAGCAACAACAACAACAAGGACCUGGGAAACCUGGACCCAAACAGCAAGUGCCACAAGGGCCUGGUGCACAUCCUGAAGCCCCAGGAAAGACUGCUGGGCCCCCUAUUAAGCAGGGAACUGGAAAGCCUGCAGCUGGGAUCUGCCCACUAUGUAAAACCACCCAGCUGAACGUUGGAUCUAAGGAUCCACCUAAUUACAAUAACUGCACUGAGUGUAAGAACCAGGUCUGCAGCCUGUGUGGAUUCAGCCCCCCAGACUCAGCGGGUAAAGAGUGGCUGUGUCUGAACUGUCAGAUGCAGCGAGCCAUGGGAGGAAUGGAUCCCCCUGGUGUGACGAAGCCCAAGCAAGGCUCCGCCCCACCCUCUCCUCAGAGACAGGCAUCGGGAAAACCUGGAAAGCUCCUGAUAAAACAGCAAAGCACCUCCGACCAAGGGUUAACACCACCAACCACACCAAGGCAGAAAUCCCCAGGUCCUACCUCUCCAGGACCACUUUCACCAGGCUCCUCAGUCGCGGGAUCCCCCAAAAUCGACCCCAAGACAGGUCGCCCCAUUAUUCAGAAGUCCAGUCCUCAGCAGUCCCCAGCUAAACCCAAGCAGGAAUCAAGCUUCUUUGGAGGGUUGGGAGGUAUCAGUUUAGGGGGGCUCACAGAUGCAGCUAAGCCACCAGCAGCUGCUUCACACGCUGCUGAGUCAGUCACGGGAAAACUGUUUAGUGGGUUUGGUGGGUUGAUGGAGUCGUCGAAGCCUCAGGCCCAGGCUGCUCCAAAACAGGAGGAAUCUGUUGCUGGGAAGUUGUUUGGAGGUUUUGGAGGCUUGACAGAGUCCACUAAACCUCCUGCAGCCACAUCUCAAAUGUUUAGCUUUGGAUCAUCCCUCUUGAGCUCAGCCACCAGUCUUGUCACGGGAGAGGAAGAUAAAGCAAAGGGUUCACCUCCUGGGUCACCACCUGACUCCCCUGCAGACUCUGGUCCCGGUUCACCACCUGACUCCCCCCUCUCUGGCCCUGGCUCUCCCCCUGAUUCAGACUCUGCUCCUGAAACACCGCCCCCUAAGACCAAGAAACCCCCCAGAACCAUUUCUGUGGAGCGGGAAGAGAAAGCCCCCGAAACCAAACCCGUGCCCACUUCAGCUCCAGCGACGAAGGAAAACUGCCCUCUGUGUAAUGUGGAGCUAAACGUUGGCUCGACAGACACGCCCAACUACAGCCUCUGCACCGAGUGCAAGAAGACAGUGUGCAAUCUGUGUGGAUUCAAUCCUACUCCUCACUUAGGAGAGAAAGAAUGGCUUUGCCUCACCUGUCAAACUCAAAGAGCGAUGUCAGGCCAGCUGGGAGAUGUUUCACCAUCAUCCAUGGCUUCCCCGAAGAAGCAGCCUCCUGGUCCUGUUCCCUCCUCCACACCUCCCCCUGCUGCUGUAGAUAGCAAACCUGUAGUAGAACCAGCAGAGCCAACCCCACCAGCUUCUGAGACCAAGGUAGUGCCCACAACCCCCUCUGAAUCAACACCUGAUAGUGCACUAAUUUCACCUAAUCAUAGUAUUCCUCCUCCUGAAAACAGUUCACAAUCAAAAGAACAAAACCAAACACUAGCAAAUGAGAAUAUUAUUCUUUCUGAGAAAGACGUUCCUGUAGUAGAACCAGCAAACCUAACCCCACAAGCUUCUGAAACCAAAGUAGUGACCACAACCCCUACUGACUCCAUGCCUGAGAGUGCACUGAUUUCGCCUAAUCAUAGUAUUCCUUCUCCUGAGAAUGGUUUACACUCAAAAGAACAAAAUCAAACACUAGCAGAUGAGCAUACUAUUCACCCUGAGAAAGAGGUUCCAGUAGUAGAACCAGCAAACCUAACCCCACCAACUUCUGAGACCAAAUUAGCACCCCCUGAGGCUGAGCUUGAUAGUGCGGUAAUUUCACCUAAUCAUAGCACUCCUCCUCCUGAGAACAGUUCGCAUGACCCACCACAGACAACAGAACAACAAGAAGAAGAUGAGAAUGCCAUCUACCCUGAGAAAGAAGUUCCUGUUUCAGAGAGUUUAGCUGAUAGUACCCAUGUAGCCCCACCAGCUGAGGAACAGCAAAACAGCUCUGAGAGAAUAGCAGAGGAUCCCCCUCAGCCAGGGAAAGAGCCAUUUGAUUCUGAUCAACAAACUGUCAGUGAACUCCCAGCAGCUGAGCAACAACAGAGUAGCUCUGAGAAAGAAUCAGAGGACCAUCCUCAUCCCUGUACAGAGAUAGCUAAUGAUGAGCAACAAGCACAGAGUGCAACUGUCAGUGAAAUCCCAGCAGUUGUGCAACAUCAGAGUAGUUCUGAGAAACCCACAGAGGACCUUUCUCUCCCUGUGGAAGGUGAGACACAAAAUCCAUUGAGUAAUGCAGGUUUAGACAAGACAACAGACCCUGCUGGGGCAGAAACUGAGCCAAAUCCCGAGAUUACGCAAAGUGAGGCUGCCGCUCCCCUGGCAGAUAGUAAGAAAGUGGAACCCAGUCAAGAAAAGCAUCCAGAAGUGACAACAAAUGCAGCUGAGCCAAAGCCUGCUUUGAUCCCUGAAGCAGUUAGACAGGAAACAGCUCCUGCUCAACCUGAUACUACAGCUGCAAGUGUGAAAGAGGAGAAAACAACAGAGGUUUUAGCCGAGAAACCCCUGAUAGGUGAACCACAAGUUACUCCAGCAGAUCACACUCCACCUGACAGUGGAACAACACCUAAUGUCAAGAGUGAUGUUAGUGCAGAAGUAGAACCGAAAAACUCUGCGUCCCCUGUUGAACAAGUUGAUGUCCCUGAACCUGAUAAAGCUGAUGAAGAAUUAAAACAAAAACAGGCAGCAAGUGCAGAACCUGAAAUUUCUUCUGCAGUAUCAGAAAACCAUCCUGUCUCAGCUUCAGAGGGAAAAGGUCAGGCAAACGAAGUGAAAAAUGAACAGUCAGAAAAAGAUCAGGAGCCCACAUUACUUGAUCUGGCAAAUAAAUCCUCUCCUGUUGCUCAGUUUGAAGGAGAAACGAAAGCUGUGGAGAAAUCAAAUGAGGAGAACAUCGCUGAAAAUAAAGUUUCUCAGGAACUUAAUAAUGAGGUAGACACAACAGCGCAGAAAGCACCUGAGGGAGCUGAUGAGGGAACAGUUGAGAUUAAAACAAAUGCAUGUGUACCGAUAACUACUGAGGUAAAACCUGAUGACGAGGAAGCUGCUGAAGAAAAAGAAAAUGAGGAGAAUACAGUUCAUAAUGAAACUAACCAGAAACCUCUGGAACAGAAUGUUACUAAUACAGAAAAUUCGUCUCCUCUUCUCGACAAGAAGGAAUCUGCAACGGGAUUAGAGCCGGCUGCAACUGUUCCAGAGGAAAUGCCAAAAGAAGAAAUAGAUAUACAGAACAAGAUAAAAGCAGGAACAAAGAAUGAGCCAGCUGAGGAGAGCAUUAUUGAAACAGCAUGCUGUUUGUCAGAGAAGUCACAGGAGAAAGGAAAGACUGUGGUCGAAGAAGAGUGCACACCCGAAGCCACGGUGUUAAAAUCAGAUAAUAAAUCUGACAAUGCAACGGUUAUCUCUGUUCCACCACCCCCUGACUUCGAAGAGCCACAAAUGGUCAAUGAGGUGCCAGUGCAAAGUGUAGACAGCGCGUUAUCCUCAGCUGUUACCAGUAAGACAAAUGUCAGCGAUCAAGCCAGUGAGGGGAACCUUUUCCAAGAUGAGUCAGAGAUGGGCUCACAAAAGACAAAGAGUAUUGCUGAAAAUCAACACGAAGCAGAGGAAGAUACAUCAGCUGUGACAGGCGGCGAUGAGCAAUUGUCAAUCAAAGAGAAGAACGAAGCAGAAUGUGACAAAAAAGACGAUGAGUCACAACCUGUUGCUGGCAACAUGCAGACAACUAUUUCAGUAUCAGAGGCAAACGCAGUGUGCGACAAAGAAGGCACUGCAGAGUUUGAUGUAGGCGAGGAUGCAAUAUCAAAGAAGGAUGAAGUAUCAGAGACAGCUUUUGAAAAUGGAGGUGUGCCUCUACCAGUAUCUUCAGCUCCUGUCACAGAACCUGAAAUCCCAGUUUCUGUAGUAAGUGAGCAGGACAGCAACCCGAAGGAGGAAAACACUAACGUGGAGGAGGAAAAGGAGCCCCUUGAAAAACUCAAUGAUGAAGCCGAACUUUCUGAGGUGAAAACAGUGGAGACCUUGAAAGAGCCUGGAAUUAAAGAAGCAGCUGUCAAGGAAGGCAGCCCAACCAGCCCAUCAGACCUAGCAAAGCUAGAAAGCACUGUCCUGCCCAUCCUUGAGGCCCAGGCAACCACACAAGAAGAGGAGAAAAAAACAGACACUCUAAAGGCCAGGCGUAAAUUAGAAGUGCUUCCUCUCUCACCUGACUCUCCUAGCUCAGAAGAGGACAGAGUGGUUUCUGAUAAGAACGGCAAUGGUACCACAAAGAAAAAGCUCCUUGUGCCCAUGGAUGUCAAGGCAGAUUCCCUGGACGAUAGCAGUGAAAGCUUUGGAAAAGAAAGCCCUAUGUCAGGAGAUGAUGAAGAAUUUAUCCGAAAACAGAUAAUGGAAAUGAGUGAGAAUGAAGAUGCUUCACAAUCUGAUGAGGAAAACCUAGUUCGGCGAAAGAUCAGAGAGGACGAGAAGAAACAAAAGGAACAAAAGAAAACAGAAACUGUAGAGAAGGGCACGACAGGGAAAGUCAGACGGCUUACCAAGAAAAGCACCAUAAGCCCAGAUGAUGAAGAUAAGGAAUUUGGUACUUUAGUGGAUAAACCUGAUAUAAACAAAGAUAUGGAAGCAGAAACAAAAGAAGGGAAGCAACAAAGUGGUACUGCAGUUCGCAAAUUCCAAACUAUGGAGCUGAAUACAACUAGCAGCCCUGUGUCUAUACCCAAUGAUGAUGGAGAGCCUGAAAUGGAAAGCCUGACAGAUUCUCCAGAUGAUCGGUCUAGAGGUGAGGGGUCUUCCAGUCUACAUGCGUCCAGCUUCACUCCUGGAACUUCCCCAACAUCCCUCUCAUCACUAGAUGAAGACAGUGAUAGCAGUAGUCCGAGCCAUAUCCGCAGUGGUGAAGGUAAACAGCACAGGAAAGCCAAACACAGACAACCUGGUCAAAUGCUGCCAACUAUCGAAGACUCUUCUGAGGAAGAAGAGUUACGGGAAGAGGAGGAGCUGCUCAGGGAGCAAGAAAAACAGAAGGGCUCAGGGAAAAAAUCCAAAAAAGAUAAAGAUGAGAUUCGAGCCCAGAGGAGGCGAGAGCAUCAAAAGACACCGCCAAGCAACCUUUCCCCUAUUGAAGAUGCCUCACCAACUGAAGAGCAGAGGCAGGAAGCUGAAAUGGAGGAGAUUAGACGAUCAUCUUGCUCAGACUUUUCACCCAGUAUUGAAUCAGAUCCUGAAGGAUUGGAAAUCCAUGCUGCAAAGAUUGCGGCAGUCCAGAAAACCUAUCAGCUGCCCAUGUCUGUAUCUCUUCACUCCCCAACAGAUGAUCAAAAUAUUGAUAAACCACAGAAAAAACCUCUCAGAUCUGCUGAUGAAGCCUAUGAGGAGAUAAUGCUGAGGGCCAAGUCUCCAACAGCUGACAAAGGUGAAAUUCAGCCAGAAAAAGAGUCCCUAUAUGGAGGCAUGCUCAUCGAAGAUUAUGCAUAUGCAUCUCUUAUUGACAAUUCGACAGCUGAUCUCGAGGACACAGAGAAGAUUACUGUUCCCACUCAGCCCAAAAAGCUGCGAUCGCCAGAUGAAGUUUAUGAAGACAUGAUAAAGAAAAGAAAGGAAUUCAUGCAGCUGGAGCAGGAAUACCAAAAUAUGCAGGCAAAAAAGGAAAGCACUAACCCAGAAAUUGUGCUACAACCUGCUGAUAUUACUGUUUCCAAAAGCAGUACAAUAACAUUAGACAUGGAUGGGAAGCCAUUGUUGGAUGCUGAAACUGCCUAUGAAGAGCUAAUGAAAAGAGUCCUGACUCCUGGAACAAGUCCAACUCAGCAUGAGCCAAAAGUAGAAGCCACUGCAUCUAGAAAGGCACUCCACCCUAUUCCAGACUUAAAAGUAACGCAGUGCUCUUCAGGAGAGUUAUCUUCUGAUGAUGAAAUUAUACCUAAAAAGGAAGUGGAGAAAAAUCCUGUAUCAGAUGUCUCAUCAGCAAUGGAAACUGAGCCUGUGAAAGAAACGUUUCCAUCACCCACAUCAGAUCAGCAACCUGAAACCACAAUCAAAGCAACCCAAGGUGAUAUUGUGGACUUGACUAGUGCAUCUACAAAAACAUCAGCUCCUGUGAUUGCCAGUGUAUCACCCUUGCCUACAGUCCCCCAGUAUACACCUGGCAUACCAAGUGUAGUAUCAACUGCCCCACCUGUGCCCCCGAAGCCAACUGUCCUGCGUAGGGCUAAUUCUCAGGAAAAAACAGAAGAACCUGUUGCACCGCCGCUCCCUCCUCCUACUCCUCCAAAACCUACUGUUUUUCCCAGGAAAGCUCCAGUUCCACUUCCACCUCAGGCUUCAGCAGCUCCAGUAAGGCAAGAGACAGUGACUAUGACUACAGCUCAAGCAUCACCUACAAGACAAGUAGUUACUCCAACAUACAAACCUCAUGUUCCCCCUCCUGUACCCCCAAAGCCAUCCAUCCCCGUUGGAAUUGGGGAUAGCCACAAACCAGGACAUGGUGUUAAACCACCAAUUGCACCAAAGCCUGGCUCACAGCCUUCAUCACCUGCCCAUGCCCCACAUCCACAAAGACCCUCUGUACUUCCCACAGGUCCUAGUGACAUAGCCCUUAAUCUAAGCCCCACUUCUGAAAGCAAAAUGUUUCAACCAUCACCAAAGUCUCCUUCUUCUCCAAGAUAUGCCAGCAAUCUUCGUGACACAUAUGUGGUCAUCACUCUGCCAUCUCAGCCUAGCUCUCCUGUAGAUAGUGUUACCACUCAUGCUCCCUCUAGCCCUGGUCCAGCAUCUCCUUCAUGGCAAGCUCAGCCUGAGACAUACCACCAUCAGCAGCCUCAACCUCAACCAUAUUCACAGCAGCAGCAGCAGCAACAAACACCUCCUCAAACAACCAGGGUGCCUCUGGCAUAUACACGAGUCACAGAAUCCAUUGAAAGUCAAGAAAUUUGUGGGCCUGAAAAACAUGUAUCUAGCUCUUGUCAUAUAAUUGAGGCUAUAUCAGCCUCAGCACAGCCACCUGUGGUGAUGCCCAACCUCAUCUCUCAAGUGGUUACCACAGAAGUCCAAAGGACCACUGUCUCUGUUGUUCAUGAAAGGACACCACCACCAGUGCCAGCUCCAAGGGCAAAUGGUCUCCCAAUAUCAAUGCAGAAGCCUAUGCCCCAGUUGCCAGCACAGAAUGGACAGGCUAUUCAACCUUCUGAGGUGGUAGAUCUUAGGACUAUGAAAGUGGAUCCAGAAUCAACCACACGUGGUGUGGAUCUGUCUGCUGGUCCAGACUCAAGACAUCAGUCCCUUACGACUGAUGUCAGUCGUCACAGCAGUGCAGUGCAGUCCCCUGUGGUCAACCUCAGUGCUGAAUCAUCUACAGUUUCUAUAGUAACUGAUAGCAUUACCAUCGUGACCUGUGCUGCCACAAUCCAGCGACGCGACAACUUGGACACCUCUUUGACCUCUUCAGUACCCCUUCAGCUAACAAAAAACAAAUCAUUUGAACCCGUUUCUCAAAUUAUUUAUCGACCAAUUGAUUCUCAGCCGUCUACUCAUGCUACUGCUGAGAUCCCUAUUAAUCUCUCAGUUGGAUCUAGUACGAGUGGAGGAACACUCCAGGCCACCCCUGUAACAAUUGCACCCGCUUCUGUUGCAAGUUGUAUUGCUAAUGGAUUAACUAAUGGCACAACCACAGUGUCAGGAGCUGUUGACCUUAGCACAAAUAAACCAUUCAACACUGUGGUUUCAGUGGAUACUGCGUCUACCGAAGUGGUUACAGCUGUAAUCACAGACGAUGGCAAACCAGUGGAUCUGACUGCAGGGAAAAGAGCUGUAUGUUGUGAUGUUGUGUACAAGCUUCCAUUUGCAGGAAGUUGUGCAACUCACCAACCUACCACACCCUUGCCUGAAGAUCGCUUUGGAUAUCGUGACGACCACUAUCAGUAUGACAGGUCGCCUUAUGGCAUGAGAGGGUUUGGUGGAAUUAAACCUUCUAUGUCAGAUACUAACCUAGCAGAGGCUGGUCUCUUCAUUUACAAGAGUAAAAACAGCUAUAAUUUCAGUGGCACAACUGAAGGUGCAGUAGAUCUUACCUCAGCAAAGAUUUCUGAUGCAGGUGAAGCUGUUGACUACUCCAAGAAAGGAACUUACGCUGGAAUGACAAUUCCUCCCUAUUCUCAAGAUAGAGUCACAAGUGCUGUUGGCACACUCUUUGGUACAAGCAGUGUUUUGAGAUCAUCAAAUGGAGUGGUUUAUUCCUCUGUUGCAGCCCCAGUCCCAUCUACAUAUGCCAUUACCACCCAGCCAGGGUCCAUAUUUAGUACAGCAUACAACACCUUGUCAGGUAUGCAUACCAGCGACACCAUGCCUUCUCUUUCCAACCUCCAGAACCUACCACUUACUCGAUCCCACAGUUUUCUAUCCACCAUCUCUACUACUGCAGCAGAAGAACAAGCAGAUGCUCCACUCAAUCUAGAGAUAUCUAGAGGAGGCACUACUGCUGGUGAUGCUGCAACUACUGCAGCAACUUCUUUAUCUCUUGACACCUAUACUGAUGCAUCUCUGGAGGCUAUAGCUGCUUCACUGGAAGCGCUUUCUUCACCCAUGGUUCCUGGAGACAGCCAGUAUCAGGCAGAGCGCGAGAGACUAGAAAUGGAAAAACUCAAGCAACAGCGCCUGGCUGAGGAAUUAGAAUGGGAACGGCAGGAAAUUCAGCGGUUCCGAGAACACGAACAACUCAUGGUGCAAAAGGAACUGGAGGAGCUGCAGGCCAUGAAACAGCAGAUACUUGCCCAGCAAGAAGAGGAAAGACAGGCUCACCUUAUAAUGCAGAAAGAAACUUAUGCUCAGCAGCAGCAGCAGCUUGAGCAGAUUCAGAGACUCCAAGAGCAGCUCCGUCUUCAACUGGAAGAGCAAAAGCUUCGUCAGAUGUACCCAGGUGGGGACAUACAAGAGGCAGUUGUCUUAGGACCUGAUGGCACUGUACUGGCCCGAAAGAUCACAGAUAGUGGGUGCCAGACAGAUGAAGAGGAUGAAGCAGUCAGCAAAGCUUACACAGCAGGUAGAAAAAAGAGAACUGCUAAAAAGAGCGUUGACAGUUGUGUGCAGACUGAUGAUGAGGAUCAAGAUGAAUGGGAGGCUCAGAACAGAAGCAGACAAAGCCGUCCACGUACUGCCAGAGGUGAUAGGGGUGGGCAGUCUGAGAUGUCUCUUCAAGCCCACACUGAGAUUUCUAUACAAACUGAUACAGAUGGGAACAUUAGAAUGGAUACCAGAAUGGAGCUUUCAGAUUCUGAAAGGACCUCACCAAAGAAACGACCUACCCCCUUAGAAAUAGGGCAGUCUGCUAACCUCAAAGCUGAUUCUUCUACUCUUCAGGCCCCUCCUAAAUCCCCCAAAGUGCUCUAUUCCCCUGUAUCCCCUUGUAUCUCACCAAGCAAAUCCCUUGAGUUUGUGUCUUAUGAUAAAUCCCUUGGUGAUACAAGCCCACAAAACCUAAGAGGAAGUCCUGAUCCAUCAAAAGCCUCUCCAGCAAGUCCCAGAGGACAGAAAUCCAUGCAGAGAUCUAUGUCUGAUCCUAAGCCCAUGAGUCCAACAGGAGAAGAAAGAGCAACAUCUGGAACCCAGUAUGGUGAAGGCUAUACUGGCAUAGGCUCAGGUGGUACACCAACAGGGACUCAAAAGAAGGUGAAGAGGACUCUCCCAAAUCCUCCAUCAGAGGAUGAGUCAACAACCACUGGACAGACAGCAUAUAGCACUGGCUCAGCCCGUCGAAGAAUGUGCCGUAAUUCCAACAUGGCACGCGCCAAGAUCCUACAAGACAUUGAUCGAGAGCUAGAUCUGGUGGAGCGCGAGUCUUCCAAGCUCCGCAAAAGACAAGCAGAAUUAGAUGAGGAGGAGAAAGAGAUAGAUGCAAAGCUAAGAUACUUGGAGAUGGGCAUUAAUCGUAGAAAGGACGCACUGCUUAAAGAAAGAGAGAAGAGGGAAAGGGCCUACUUGCAGAGUGUUGCAGAGGACAGAGACUACAUGUCAGACAGUGAGGUUAGCAACAUCCGAGAGACUAGAGGAGGUGGUGAGGAUGAGGAGAUUGAAAGUCAUGGUCUUGAACGUCCCAGGACAGCUCCUCAGUCAGAAUUGGAUGACUUUGUCCCACCGCAAACCAAGCACGAGUAUGGAAAAUACUCUCAGUACCAAUACGCUCAAAGUCAAUUUCAGCAGUCUCUCUACCAGACACCUCAGUCCUACCAGUCUCAUUCAAUCUACUCCUCUGUCCCUUCGCUCACUACCUCCCAGCAGCAGAGUUACCACCAAAUGCUUUUGUUGCAGCAGAAAGCUGCGAGACAAGCAGCCCUACUCUCAGAGCUCGAUGCAACGAAAUAUGAUGUCAUUAGCCGUCAGCCUGAUCCCACUUCAUCAGCUUACCUUGGUGUUAAGUAUGACAAAUAUGGAAAUCAUCUUGAUCUCAGAGCCUUAGAAGUGGGAAGUAUAGCAGGUAGCCCAAUGUCAGCUGUCUCUGAUUCCUACUACACAGAUGUAGAUCACCACACACCUCGGAGUUACAUGCUGCUGGAAGAUGCUGCAGAACUAGCUAAAGGCUCCACAGGUCUGUCCUCAUCUUAUAGUCUGGCUGAGAGGGAGCUGGCAAAGGCAGAGAAACUGCUUCGUAGGAGUGCUGCUGAUCUGGGGUCUACUGACUAUUUGGGAUCCACGUCCAGACUUCAUACCUUUGGAAAGACCCCUGACGAAGAGGAUACCAUGGAGGAACCCUAUGAACUGAAACUUUUAAAGCAGCAGCUUAAGCAAGAGUUUAGGAGAAGUACAGGUGGGACUGAAAACUUAGAACAAUUGACAGGUCUCUCACAGCACUACUAUACACCAAGCUCUAGCAUCUCUGGUUACUCUCAGAGACACUAUCCAAAGUCAGAAAAGUAUAGCAUCAGUCGACUUACUCUUGAGAAGCAGGCAGCUAAACAACUCCCAGCAUCUAUGUUGUACCAAAAACAUAAGACACCACUACUAGAUCCUAAAAUCUCCUCCAAGUAUUCCUCUAUUACAGACAGUAGAGGUUUAGAGACUGACUAUACUAGCUAUUUGGGGUCCACCAGUGCAUCCCCAAGAUCCAGCCGUCUCUUGCAAGAUGAGAUUACCUUUGGUCUUCGGAAGAAUAUUGCAGAGCAGCAAAAGUAUUUAGGAUCCACCCUGGGUGCUAACUUGGCUGGGUCACUUAACUUGAGUCAGAGCUUGGGUUUGGAUUCUGCCUAUCCUAGUGGUAGUCGUUCAAGACCAUCCUCCAGGCCCACAUCUUGCUAUGGCCUGGACUUGUCUAUCAAAAGAGACCCAUCAAGCUCUUCACUCAGGCUGAAAGGAGAUGGUGAAGCAUCUGGAGACGGCCCAAAUUAUCAAACCCCAUCUGGUCGCACCAAACCUACUAGCCUUCCCAUUGUCCAAAGUGGGCGCGGCAGAAUACCCAUAGUGGCCCAGAAUUCAGAAGAAGAGAGUCCACUGAGCCCUGUUGGGCAGCCUAUGGGUAUGGCCCGUGCAUCAGCGGGACCUCUGCCUCCCAUCUCAGCCGAUUCAAGGGACCAAUUUGGUUCUUGCCUUUCAUUGCAAGACUCCCAGCAGCAGCAACAUAUCAGGGAAGAGCCAACAAGGGGUAGGAGUUAUGUGCUGCUGGAUGAUCUUCAGGGCACCAUGUCAGAUAGCGAAGCCCUAAGUGAUUCCCUGAUGGCUUUGAACAGAGACGAUGCAACCAAUGCCUACCACCUUAGACGGGAAGAGACAGAUUGGUUUGACAAACCGAGAGAUGGGUGGUCGGAGAACGGACAGGAGAAGAGACAGGGAAAAGGUCCAUACUACCCCUUCCCUCACCUCAGGGUCAAACUGCAGAGGGAUCCUAAAGACCGCAGUGUCUCAGCAGGAAAUGGUCUGGGUAUCCGAGUGGUCGGAGGAAAAGAGGUCCCUGGUAGUAAUGGAGACAUUGGAGCAUAUGUUGCCAAAGUGUUACCUGGUGGAGCGGCAGAACAAACAGGAAAGAUUCUUGAAGGAAUGCAGGUCCUGGAGUGGAAUGGUGUUCUUUUGACGGGGAAAACCUAUGAAGAGGUACAAGGGCUCGUUGGACAGCCGUGUAAUGAGGCAGAAGUGUGUGUCAGACUGGAUCUCAACAUGUUGGCAGAGUCUGAGGGUUCCCAGCACCUAGAUUUCCAGGAGCACAGCAAAGGUGACAGACCUCCCAGAUCUCCAGGUGUUGAUCCCAAGCAGCUAGCGGCCGAGCUGCAGAAAGUGUCACAGCAGCAGGCUCCACUGUCCACCUCCUCCUCCAGCCUGCCUGCCACCACUUCAGCAACCUCCAGCCCCGGUCAGCCAGGAUCCCCCUCAGUCAGCAAGAAACGUCACAGCAGCAAGAUUGCAGAGGGAACAAAGAGCCAACCCCACCCUGUAUCUGGAGAGAUACAGCUUCAAAUCCACUAUGACAAGCAGCUUGGCAACUUGAUAGUUCACGUCCUGCAGGCCAGAAACCUUGCCCCGCGGGAUAACAAUGGCUACUCCGAUCCAUUCGUUAAAGUGUAUCUCCUGCCAGGGAGAGGUCAGGUCAUGGUUGUCCAGAAUGCCAGUGCUGAAAACAAGAGGAAGACCAAACACGCAGGCAAGACUAUCAACCCUGAGUGGAACCAAACUGUCAUCUAUAAGAACAUCCACCUGGAACAGCUUAAGAAGAAGACUUUGGAGGUGAGCGUGUGGGACUAUGACAAGGGCUCCUCUAAUGAUUUCUUGGGGGAGGUGCUUAUUGAUCUGUCCAACACUGCCCAGCUGGACAACAUCCCGCGGUGGCUCCCUCUCAAGGAGCAGAGCGAGGGGGACCACCACAGACGCUCGCACUCAGGCCAGGGUCGUCACAGUUCUUCUAAACCCUCCUCACAGCACUCCUCCCCUAAAACCACUGGUUCCUCGCAUGAUAAUCAGGAUUCCCCAAAAUCAUCUGUCAUCAAGAGUCGAAGCCAUGGGAUCUUUCCAGAUCCGGCCAAGGGCCAAAGAGGCCGCCUCUCACUGAGGCACCAGAGACACAGCGUAGUGGGCGUGCUCACCAUUCAGAGAGCCCAGUCUGACUGGCUGCCUGCCCUGCCAUCGAUUGUGUCGGCCAAAGGGAGCAGAGCAGACGGCAGACACCUGACCCUCAGGAAAGCCGUGUCAGAAGAGAGGCCGCAGAGCACCGGAGCUCGGUCAACCUACAAAUCAGGAGAUGCCCCGGUCACAGCAGCCUCGUUAGAUAGUGGCUUGAGCGGCAGCGCCUACAGCCUACUGGACGAGGAAGCAGAGGCAAACGAGGUGGACAGUGCUAUCUUCCAAGUGCCCCGAUUUGGAAAGAUCCCAAAUGGCACAGAUGUGAUAAAAUCAUCACUGGGACACAGUGACACUGAAGGUAAGACUCAGGUAAUGGGAGAGAUAAAGAUCGCUUUGAAGAAGGAAAUGAAGACGGAAGGUGAACACCUGGUCCUUGAGAUUCUUCAGUGUCGUAACAUCACCUACAAGUUCAAGACUCCAGAUCACCUGCCUGAUCUUUAUGUGAAGCUCUACGUGGUGAAUAUCGCCACCCAGAAAAGGAUCAUCAAGAAGAAGACCAGGGUUUGUCGCCACGACCGUGAGCCGUCCUUUAAUGAGACCUUCCGCUUCUGCAUGAACCCCACCGGACACGCGCUACAGCUAUUCCUGGUGUCCAACGGUGGCAAAUUUGUGAAGAAGACCUUAAUAGGCGAGGCCUACGUGUGGCUGGAUAAAGUUGAUUUACGCAAGCGAGUGGUGAGCUGGCACAAGCUGCUUGCCAGCACUGCCCAGAUCCACUCAUAGGAGGGGACUCAAUCUAAAAGAAAUAAGCUUAAGCGGAAAACAGGUUUCUGACAUCUGGGUUCCACAUCUGGAACGCUGAUUCAGUCUUCUGGAAGGUCUGGGCACGGGAAGAGGGGGGAUUUUUUUCUUCAACCUUUGUUUCAGGGCUCGCAUAGCUUGCUAUUUGGAAAAAUGCUUUCAGCAAAUGAUGAUAUCUGCUCUGAUUAUGUGAAAAACUUUGAGGAAACCAUUAUGUGUUUACAGGGAAUAAACACAUGUUUACAGGACAUACAGUGUACAGCAGUGUAGCCAGGACUUAGAAGAAGAACACAGGUGCUGAGUUCAGAGGUCAAGUGCAGAAUCAACCAGGUAUUACACACUUUAUCUCACAUACACACACACAUGCUCACGACAUUGCACACAGUCAUUCACACAGAACUUCAAAUCUAAUAGAUACAGGGAAUGGACACACUUAUAGAUUCGAAUUGAUUUAUUUUGACGUGUUAUCCAUUAAAUGUUCUUUAAAUGCUCACCCUCGCUUUAUUAUUGUAUUGAUUUACAAAGCGUUUUGGGAAAGAAAUAGUAAAGACUCUGCUAUAGAGACCUCUUAUUUAUUUUUGUAUUAUGAUAUUAGCGUAGAGUUCUAUGAUUUGUCUUCGCCUCAAUUAUUUAAGUACUUUAACAAUCUAUUCUGGGAAGGAAGUAUAUUUUAUAAUACACUACCUAGCAUUCCAGUUCAAUACAAAAAAAAAUAUUGCAAGCAUGUUUUUGACUUUAUUAACAAAAACUACUUGUUCCCUACCCUUUUAAUCUGAUUUUUCCCUGAUGUUAUCCAAUGAUGACUAUUGUUUGAUAUAGCAUCAAUAUUAAUAUAUAUCAAAUUGGACAUUACAUGUUGUGCGCAUGAGUCUAUCUAUUUGGUAUGGAGUGCCACAUGUUCAACAAAAAAAAAACAAAAAAAAAACCACCUCCAAGGUUCACUUUGUAUAUAGUGAAGUGUCAUAGCUGGACAUUAUUCUACAUAUAUAGAUAUAGAUAUAUAGAUAUAUAUAGAUAUCUUUAUCACAGACAAUCAAGUCUUGAUGAUUGUGGCAUAGAGGUUUUAUUUAUUCAUGAUGCUGCCCCUUAGAAUGUGAGACGUUUACUAUAUGAGAGUUAAGCAUUUCCUCUUUUUCCUUGUAAGAUUGGAGCACAUUAGAAGUCUUGCAUCAGUCUUGCUUUCGUUCGUAAGGGCAGUCAACUCGACGACACUCGCUUUUGUAGUAUUUUGCACUUUUUCUGCUUAGAAUGUAAAACUAACAUCAUCAUCCUGCUAAAUUAUUAUUUUUUCACUGGGAAAGUGAGAAACUAUAGACCAGGAACUACCCAGAGUUACGAUCCUAAGACGCGAUGCUGUAACAGUAGCAUGAUGAUGUUUCGUCCCACCUCCACGCGCACUUCAUUAAACGCCUAUUAUGCCCAUUAUUUCAUGAGACAGGUCCUGUACAGGUGUCAAAAGACUGGAAGGCUGGUUCAUUUAACAUUUUCAGUGAAAUAUCCGAGUGAUUUCUAUGCAACAUCUACUAUAUAGCGUAAAUAACUGCACCCUGACUUGCCAGAAAUAUGACACUUGGUUUGAGAGGAAGCAUUUCUGUUUAUUUUGCACUGCUAUGUUUUCAUGUCCUCCACGAAAUGGUUACUGCUUUAAUAUGAUUUGUUGUUUUCUGUUUGGUUUUUUUAUUUACCGUGUGAUUUUUUUGUAUUGCUAUAUGAAUCUUUAUUUAUUGCCUGUGAGACAAUUUCAUAUGUUGUAUUAUAUUUGUUUACAGUACAUAUCAGAUGUACAGAGAAAUUAGGUUUUUAUACACUAUGUAGUGCUUGUUUACAAUAUUUAGAGGGGCCUGAAACUCAGAGAACCAACUUUUUUGCCCUUGUGCACGAACACACGCUCACAUUAAAAACGCCAAUUCCACGUAGCUAUAAAUCAAAGGAAGAAAAUCGAACAUUCCUAGUCAUGAUUCCUAUCUUUGUUUUGCCCUCCCCCUUCGAUUUGUUUCAUUUUCCAGUAAGUGUAUGAAUUACCAAAAAAAAGCAACUAAAGAAAACCUUGUAAUCAGUGGACUUCACACCUCAAACGUAAGGUGCAACGUGCAUUUUUGGUUGCUUUUCUUAACUUUCUAUCCAUGUGCUCGUGUGUGUGUGUGUGUAGCAUCUUCACACCAAGUCCAUGCAUGUCAUUAGCUCUAAUGCAGUAUCCCUUCCUUUACAUGUUAUCUGUCUAAAUUAUCUAAAAUUUCUCAUAACACACAAUGAAUUAUACAAACACACACACCCAGAUGCCAUCUCUAUCUUCAACCUUGUAAAUAAAUAGUUUUUUUAUACUGGGGUUUGGGGAAGCAAUAGGUCUUUUAGCAGUCAAAACUAAACAAAAAACAAACAAAAAAAAGUCGCGUGAUCUUAGAAGUAACAGGGAGUUGUUUCUCCUUGGAUCGCUGUACAGUGGAUAGGCCGAGGGAAGAGCUUCUGUCUGUUUUUAGGGACCCAGAUUUACCCGACCCUUUACACCAAACACUAAAAGUUUACCAGAGUCUAACACAGAAGUCUAUCUUCACAACUCAAGUAGUUGCAGGAGAAUUUAAAUGUGCUCACACUGGAUGUUGCAUGUUUUGUUGGUGGUUCAUACUAUUUUUGUGUCCGGAUAUUAUUAAAGAAAAAACAAGAAUGGUGUAGAGAGAGAUAUAGAACAAAUGUUAUAGAGGGGGAAGUUAUGAAGAAAACUUAUAAUUGAUGAUGUAUGCUGAGUGUACAAAGAGUAUGCUUGUAAAACCUGUCUGGUUUUUCACUUGUAAGUAAACAGAAAAAAAAAGAAAUCUAAUGUCAUGGUUUUGUGAUUGUAUACAGGAGGUAUUGAUAAAUUAUGCAAAAUGUGCUGUAAAAAUGGCUGUUGCCCCAUGUCUAAAUAUUAAAUAUCAUAUAAAUGAAGCAUCA